AUGAGAUCACGUUAUCCGACGAUACUGCACGUGUACUCGGGUCCGGGUACACAACUAGUGACGGAGAAGUGGCACAUCGACUGGAAUACUUAUUUGUCGGGAAUGAAAGAUUAUAUAGUCAUUGAGAUCGAUGGACGUGGUUCAUCCGGCCAGGGUUAUCAGCUGUUGCAUGAGAUCUACAAGCGUCUCGGUUCGGUUGAAGUAUCCGACCAGCUGGAAGUGAGUGAAUAUUUGCGUGAUAAUUUGCAUUUUAUCGACGGCCGUCGUAUGGGUGUGUGGGGUUGGAGUUAUGGCGGUUAUACGGCCGCUCUGGCGUUGGCGGGCACACAGUCGAUCUUUCAGUGCGGCAUCAGUGUGUCACCGGUGACGAAUUGGAAGCUUUACGAUUCCACAUACGCUGAGCGCUAUCUUAGCUUUCCAAAUGUGACUGACAACUACAAAGGCUACGAGGAGGGUGAUCUCUCCAAGUAUGUGGAUAAUUUGCGCGAUCGUCAAUUCCUUUUGGUGCAUGGCACCGCCGAAGACAAUGUGCAUGUGCAACAGUCGAUGGUAUUAGCGCGUGCGCUCACCAAUAAAGGUGUACUCUAUAAACAGCAAAUCUAUCCCGUUGAGGGACAUACUUUGGCGGGCGUGAAACGACAUCUCUAUCGCUCAAUGACGAGUUUCUUCGAGGAUUGUUUUAAGAAGCUGCUUGAGCAACAACUGAGUAAUCAAACAGAUUCCGCGGAUUUCUUAGACUUUCAUAGUCUUUAUGUAAACAUUUAAACGUGCAAUUAUGCGAGUGUCUUAAUCGCACACACAAACCCAUACCGAAAGACACGAUUGGUAUCGUGUUUGUGAGAUUCAUUAUUUAAGGUAUCCGAAAUUAUUUUAAUCAGUGCUGAUUGUUUUAUAUGUAAAUGUCUCAUACUUGUUGUGUUUUGGUGUCAGUUGAUGUUUUUGUUGUUGUAUUUCGAACUACAUAUAAAUGUUUCAAUCUGUCUGGCGAGGCUUAAAUUUAAGUGCAUAGAAAUAUAUGUGGUAUCUAUGUUUUUUAUAUUUUUUCAAGCAAGUAAAUCAUUUAAUAUAGUGAUCAAAUUAGAGUAGAGAGAAGUAGAGAGAAUUUGUUAGGGUAAAAUAUUAAGCCUUAUUCGUUUGUCCAAACAGUUUUCGUCUUCUGUCUUUAUUUAUUCGUUUCACU